AACAACACCUUUGUGGGCCGAAGGCCCACCUUACCAGCCUUCCGCAGGAACUAGCUGAUGAGCCGCCCGGAGGGCGGCGAACCAGCUAGUUGAGUAUAAAAGGAAGGGUGAUGUACCGCAGUGGUAAAAAAUGCCCAUGUCCAGCUUUUAUGGAAUGUGUUGCAGACAUGAAACUCAAAAUGAGAAAUAUUUGCAAAAAACAACAUUCAAAUGCAGUAUAUGAGUUGGAUUAUUGAGUAUCUGGUCUUUGUUGUGUAUUCAAUUGAAUAUAGGUUGAAAAGGAUUUUAAAAUCAUUGUAUUCUGUUUUCAUUUCAAUUUUAGACAAUGUCCCAAAUUUAUUGGAAUUGGGUUUGUAUUUAUAUAAAACUGAAUGUGAAAAAAACCUACAGUAUUAAAUUACCAGUGAAGAAUUCAAAUUCAAUGGUAUAAUACAGAUUCUGUUUUUAAAAGUUAAGAUUCAAAUGAAACCAUGCUCAUUCAAUUCGUGUAUCUUAGAUUCAGUUUUUUAAUGCAAUCUCCACUCAACUGUAACUUUUCAAAUUCAAUUAUAAACGAUUCAGAUUCAGUUUCUGGUGUCACAUAUUUUAGCCCAUAACGAUUGUACAUACAGCACAUUUCAGGUUAAAUAAUGUAACUUGAUGAGGGCAAUUAAAACCAAAAAACACAGAAACAAAAGGUUAUGAAAACUCCAAUAUGAAGUUUUAUUUUUAAAGAAUUAAACAACAACCAUAUACUUCACACUCCACAUAUCAAUAAAAUAAAAAUGGACAAUACCUAGGGAAGUAAUUUAUGGAUCAUGUAGUAGAAACAAAUUAGACAAGAACAUAUCUGAUGUACUUCCACAGUGGUGUAGUGUAGAGUCAAUACAAUAUAUUUUUAGGAACAAAAGCAGACAGUGUUAAGAUGUUUUACGCUUUUGUUCCUUUGUUUUUUUUUAAUAUUUUUUUUUUACUAAGGUCAAGUCAUGGGCGACUGGUCCAUUCUUGGGCGUUUUCUGUCGGAGGUCCAGAAUCAUUCUACAGUGAUAGGCAAGAUCUGGCUCACUAUGCUGCUCAUUUUCCGCAUCCUGCUGGUAGCCUUGGUGGGAGAUGCCGUCUACAACGAUGAGCAGUCCAAAUUCACCUGCAAUACCCAGCAGCCUGGAUGCAACAAUGUCUGUUACGACACAUUUGCACCUGUGUCCCAUCUGAGGUUCUGGGUUUUUCAAAUUGUGCUGGUCUCCACUCCGUCGAUAUUCUACAUCGUAUUUGUUUUGCAUAAAAUUGCAAAAGAUGAGAAGCUGGAUGGACAACGGGGGCAGGUGUUAAGGCAAAGGUCUUCAAGGCAAGGUGCUGACCAAAAGGACGGCAAGGAGGCGAUGAGGGUGGGUGUGCCGACUUACUGUCCUCAUUUCAGGGAUGAUUGGGAUGAGAGCGAAAGAGUGCAACAAAGCUUCCUGGAGGAGGGUCGUGGUGCACUUGCAGAAGAUCCCACCGAACAAUCUCAGCAGGUUCUACUCAUCUACAUUCUUCACGUGUUACUUCGAUCCAUCAUGGAAAUCACAUUCCUAGUGGGCCAGUAUUUGUUAUUUGGCUUUGAGGUUCCUCACCUCUUCCGUUGCGAGACCUACCCCUGCCCAACUCGCACAGACUGUUUUGUGUCCCGUGCCACUGAGAAAACCAUUUUUCUCAACUUUAUGUUUAGCAUCAGCCUGGGCUGCUUUGUGCUCAACAUUGCAGAGCUUCACUACCUGGGCUGGGUCUACAUUAUCCGUGUCCUCUGCUCAGCCUGCUCCAACUGUUGCAGUCAGGAGAAGGAUCCGGAUAAACUGUACUCCAAGCAAAAUCCCCUAUUGCUUCAACUCAGGCAUUCUCUGAGAGGUCAGCUGGUUCUACAGACCAGAUCGGCCAUGGCUCAAGAGAAGACAGGGGGUUUGCUCACACGUGCCCCGGCGAUCUCUUUUGAGACAGACUCAACUGUGGAAUGCACCUCAAAGAGGAGUCCAGAGAACACAGAAAAGGUGAAGGUCAAGUUGGCCAACAUGGCCAGGUUGGGACGAACUAAGAAGUCUUGGCUGUGACAGCUUUGUGGUCCUGCUUUAAAAUAUGUAUUGUCUUGUCUUUCAUAUGUAGCCCAUUCAUUCAUCUACUCAACUCCAAGCAAAAAUAUUGUGAACAUACUGUAGUAGUAUGCAGGUUCAGCUUAAUACAACCAUUUGGAAUGGGUAUAAUCGGAGAUGAUUCGCUGAUUGUGAAUAAUGGUCUUGAUUAUGUUGAAGUGAGUGUUGAUUGAACAUGUCCGCUAUGGUAUUUUUAGAUUUAAGGUUUAUUGUUCAAACAAUUGCUGAAAUAAAUGCAUGUACAGUAGUGAUGAUAUGAUAAAAAAAUACUUUUGUAAGUAUUUUACCAAAUAAUAUUAAUCCAGAUAUCAUUAAAAACAGUCAAUUCAUGGGUUGCAACUUUUCUUCAUUGCGAUCAAUCAAUGUGGCCAAUCAAUGUGAUCAAUGAAGCCCAAACAAUGUGCUCUAUCUAUCUAUCUGUCCACGCAUCCAUCCACAUACACAAUAAUAUGAUGAUUAUAAUAUUGAUACAUUUUAUAUUGCUGCAUUAAACAACAAUAAAUGUAUUCUAGAUUGGUUGAUUGAGAAGUGUUUUUUAUGGCUAUAGAUGAGAAGAAAAAGCAUUUUCUGGAGAGCUCUUAAUUUUGCCUUGAAUAGUGUUUGAACAAAAUCCACCCUCCUGUUAAUAAGAACUAGGUUUUGAUUUUUACUUUUACACCCGUAGGUCCUGCCAAGAUUACAUCGUGUUUCAAGCCAGUGGCCUUCAUUAUGGCCAAGCAUGUAUUUAUCGAUGUUUAGUUCCUCAAUACGGGUAAAUACGCCAUUUGUUUCAAUAAAAUCACCUAUCCGGCGAACAACUGGCUUUCUGUCAUGGCUGAAAUGUGACCUUGUUCCUGCAGAUGGUGCUCUCAGCUCUUACUUCCAUCUGGCGAGUGUUUCAUUUGAAUCAGUCCACCAUUUAUUGAAAUAAAUGUCAACAGUUUAAAAACAUAAUGGGCCACCCUUAA